UUUUGCUGCGCUGACAAAAAUUUUCUUAAAAAUGUUUUCAUUCCAAAAUCAAAUAAAUCGACCAGCGCUAAUUGAAGCGGCUGCUUUCGGUCAUUUGGAUAUUGUCGUACUGAUGCUACGGAAAAACUUUAACGUGAAUGAAAAAUGUGAAAAUGGGGAAACGGCGCUCAUGGUUGCCAGCGCGGGCAGUUAUCUUGAUGUGGUAAAUGUACUGCUAAGCCACGGCGCUAGCUUGAAUGAGCAAAAUGUGGUUGGACAUACACCGCUGAUGAAGGCCGCAUUUGGCGGGCAUGUGGAAGUAGCCAAGCGUGGAGCAAGCAUCAACACCCGCUCCAAUGAGCACAACGAGUGUGCAUUGUCAGUGGCUAGUUACAAGGGUCAUCCCGAUUUGGUGUAUAUCCUACUGGAAGCUGGCGCUGAUGAUUUGAACUUCGCUCUUUCAGCGGCUUCAAAAGGUGGCCAAGUGACAGUAGUGGAGUUAUUAUUAGAAUACGGAGCGGAAAUCAAUAGUUCCACCUUUCCACUGCCAUCGCCGCUAGAAUGUGCAAUUUCCAAUAGUCACCUUGACGUUGCCACUUUGCUCAUUGAGGCCGGCGGCAACAUUAAUGGGGCCAUUUCAAAUGGCAACACAUAUCUAAUGAUGGCAGCUGGCAAGGGGGACCAGAGAAUGGUGGAAUUGCUAUUGGUGUACGUCUACACGCAAGUAGACGCCCAGAUCGUUGGUAAAAUUUAUUAUUAUAUAGUCUUAAGCCCCAUUGGAGAGGUGAAGCAUAUGAAGCGUUUAUAUACGAAAGAACAAAGACAACAACAACAAUAAGAAAAAGAAGAAGAAGAAGAAGAAGAAGAGUAAGAAGACUGACCGAAGAGUACGAUGAAGGCAAUGCAUCAAAUUAUAUUAAUAGAUCUCUAUGUGGAACCAGAAAUGAUUCCUCCGAAGCGAACAUCGGAAUGGUCGGAAUUCUUUUCACAAAGAAACCAAAACAAAAACAACAAUAAAGAGAGAG